AUGCUUGUGGCAUGGGUGUUCGUGGGUGCAGCUAAGGAACAGACUGAUUGUAAAGAGGUGCGAUCUACUUUCCACUCCCUGCACCCAGGAGUGAGAUGGGUACCAGAGUCACCUGUAUCAGGAGCAGAUCUGCAGGUCUGUAUUACAAAGGGCUCAACAUGUUGCACCAGAAAAAUGGAGGAAAGGUAUCAAGUAGCAGCUCGAUUAAACAUGGAACAACUUCUCCAGUCAGCCAGCGCAAAGCUCAAAUUUCUGAUUAUUCAAAAUGCUGCUUUAUUCCAAGAAGCUUUUGAAAUGGUUAUACGGCAUGCAAGAAAUUACACAAACUCGAUGUUCAAGAGACAUUACCAAAGUAUCUCUUCAAGCACUUUUAUAUUUGUCAGUGAAAUAUUUACAGACAUUUCCCUCUACGUUUUAGGAUCAGACAUUAAUGUAAACGAUAUGGUAAAUGAGUUUUUUGACAGCUUGUUCCCAGUGUUAUACACUCAUUACUUAAAUCCUGGAGUUCAAGAAACUGUGGAAAAUAUAGAGUGUCUCCGGCUUGCAAGGAGGGACACUAAUGCAUUUGGUCAUUAUCCUAAGACUAUAAUGACACAAGUAUCUAAAUCCUUACAGGCGUCCAGGGUCUUCCUUCAAGCACUGAAUCUGGGAAUUGAGGUGAUUAACACAACUGAUUAUUUGAAAUUUAACAAGGAUUGUGGAAGAACUCUUCUGAAAAUGUGGUACUGCGCCCACUGCCAAGGGCUUGUUUUUGCUCGGCCUUGCUUUGGCUAUUGUGGGAUGGUAAUGCAAGGAUGUCUUGCUGGCAUGGUGGAAAUUGACACCCAUUGGAAUCAAUACAUAGUAUCACUUGAUAGGCUCACUAAAGAAAUGCAUGGAAUUUAUGACAUGGAACACGUUCUGCUCAAUCUCUUCUCACUUAUUCAAGAUGCCGUGGGACUUGUUGAAAAAAAUGGAGCAAAACUUUCAAUAGUAAUAAAUAAAUUAUGCAGUCUUUCUAAACAAAGAGUUUCAAGAUCAGCACACGCUGCGAACCAGCUACAUAUUAAUAAGAAAGUAUUUCAGAGCUCAUACAGUGAGCAGGAGACCCUUUCUGGGAAGAGGAGGGAAUUUAUUAUGAAGUUGAAAACUUAUAACAAUUUUUACAGCAACUUACCAGUACACGUCUGCAGGUAUAGCCCUGUUAUGGAAAAUGACACAUCCUGUUGGAACGGACAUGAGAUUGCAGAAAGGUACAAUCAUCAGACAGUGAAAAAUGGUUUUAAGAGUCAGACAAACAACCAGGAUGGAAAGACUCGAGGAUCUGAACCAAUUAUCAGCCAAAUCAUUGAUAAACUGAAUCAUAUUAAUCAGCUGCUGAAAUCAAUGUCAAUACAACUUCGAAAAAACACUGGUAGAAUUGUGGAGGAAGACGACUCUGUUAGUGGAAACUGUGAUGAUGAAGAUGAAUGUGAUAUUGGAUCCGGUAAAAGUGGAUUAAGAAUUCAGAAUCCAUUGCGUUUCGUACCAGAUCUGGAAUAUGAUUUGGAUAUUGAUGAUGUUCCAUUUAAUAAACACAUUCGAAAUCAGAAGAACCAGAACAGCAGAGAGAUCACCAAUCUUCAGUCUAGAAGCGAUGAUAAAGUGACUAUAUCAGCCGCUCAGUUCCUUCACAUCAUAAUUAUAAUGUUAGGGCUUCUCAUUAUAAUUUGAUUUCUUUACACCACUAUGUAAAAUAUUGCUAGCUGAAUUUUACAGUUUGUAACAUUUCCAACUCAUUGUAAAGGCUCCUGGAAGCAAAACCAAUUUUAUAUAUUUAAAAAAAAAAUGUUAUUAAUGUAUUAAUAAAGAAAAAACGUUAAUCCAGAA